UGAGGAAGGGAGGGGGGAGAGAAGGGAGAGAGCUACGUCAUGGAGGGGAGGAGACAACAGAGGAAGAGAGAGAAAGGACAUUAGCAACGACAGAAAGACAUGCAGAGAGAUGGAUAGAGAUACAUAGAGAUAUACAUAGACAUAGCUAUCUCUAGAGAUGUAUAGAUCUACAGACAUGCUAUCUAUAUAGCAUGUCAGCAGCUAGAUAUAUAGCGAGCUAGAUAGAGAUAUAUUUACUGCUAGAUAGAAAGAUAGAGAAAGAGAGAGAAAGAGAGAGAGAAAGAGAGAGAGAGAGAGACAGACAGACAGACAGACAGACAGACAGACAGACAGACAGACAGACAGACAGACAGACAGACAGACAGACAGACAGACAGACAGACAGACAGACAGACAGACAGACAGACAGAUAGAUAGAUAGAUAGAAAGAUAGAUAGAUAGAUAGAUAGAUAGAUAGAUAGAUAGAUAGAUAGAUAGAUAGAUAGAUAGAUAGAUAGAUAGAUAGAUAGAUAGAUAGAUAGAUAGAUAGAGAUAGAAAGGUAGACAGACAGACGGACAGAUAGAUAGAUAGAUGUGAGCGUUUGUGUGAGGGAAGACAGAUGAUUGGACGAAGUACACCAGGUGGCGAUGCACUGGUUGGGAAGGACUACAUGUUGGCCAUCAUUAUGGUCAACUGUAAUGAAAAUAUCUGGUCAGACCAGAGCAGGUCAGAUCCCGAUCUGCCCUCAGACUGGAGGAUGAUCACAGACUCCUCUGGUACUUACUACUGGCAUGUUGCUUCUGGCGCCACCCAGUGGCAUCACCCCUGCGAAGCCAGCAGGAAAGCAAACGGCACAAACCAGUUGAUCCCUCCCACCGAACAAGACAUAGAGGAAAGGUCUGUGGACGACUCUGCCGCAUCAGACACCAAGGUGUUCUCUGUGCGGUCCAUGGGUUGGGUGGAGGUGCCGGAGGAGGGCUUGUUUCCUGGGCGGAGCAGCCUGACUGUUAACAACAUCAUCCAGCAGCUGUCUCACCACAGGAGCUCAGAGCAGACACACUGCCAAGGGCCCUGGGGAGAGGGCCAGGACAUGCUCUUGGUUUUGAAGAAAGAUACGUUAAGUCUGAUGGAUCCUUUAGACCACACCCUCCUCCACUCCCAGCCAAUCAGUAACAUCCGUGUGUGGGGUGUCGGCUGCAGCAAUGGAAGGGACUUUGCGUUCGUCACCGGGGAGAAGGACAGCUGCGUGCUCAAGGGUCACGUGUUCCGCUGCAACGCCCCGGCCAGAGCCAUCGCCACCGUGCUGCAGGACAUGUGCGGCAAGAUUUUGUCUGAUAAAUUGGUCAAACCACCCGACUCUCUGACACUAGAGGACAUCUCCUCUCCAGACCUGCCCUGGCAAGUGGAUCUGCUGGACGCAGUAAGACAGCACGCUCCACACUUUGAUGUGCAGUACAUCGGGAACCUUCCAGUGUCCCGGGCUAUGGGUAUGGAGGUACUGAACAGCGCCAUCGAGAGCAUAAUGAACACAACGGAGAGAGAGGACUGGGAGCCCGUCACCCUCCACGUCUCUGACUCCCUGCUGUCCCUCAGGCGGGUGCAGGAAGCGGAGUCCUUAUGGGAGUGUCAGGUGAGUCACCUGACCUUCCUUGGCGUCGGCCACGACAGCCACACCUUCGCGGUGAUCGCCGACGGAGGGGCGCCGGGCUUCCAGUGCCACGUGUUCUGGUGCGAGCCGCACGCCGGACACGUCUCCGAGGCGCUGCAGGCCGCCUGCAUGCUCCAGUACCAGCGGUGUCUCGUGGCGCAGACCCCUCCGGUGAGGUCCAAGCACCAGCACGCUGGGACCGGUCGGGUCCAGAGAGCCAACUCCAUGGACAGCUCCGCCUUCCUCCCGUCGCCCUCCUACUACCAUGGCGGCAAUGGGGGCAAGGGCGGCAGCAGCAACUGCAGCAACACCAGCGCAAAGAAGGGAAUGCUAGCUUUCUUUGAGACAUUUCGCAAUAAGCAGGCAACUACCCACUGGUGAUUUGACUUGUUGGGGUUAGUGGCAACACAAAACCAAUCUAUUGUAUCAGAUGAACUGCAGCUAUUAUUAUUACAAUCAAUUAAAAUAAAACUGACCGCAACAAAUCCUAAUCCAGAAUGUUUCCCCUAAUCCUGAAUGUAAUCCCUAAUCCUGAAUGUUGUCCCUAAUCCCGAAUGUUGUCCCUAAUCCUGAAUGUUGUCCUUGACCUGAAUGUUGUCCCUGACCUGAAUGUUGUCCCUAAUCCUGAAUGUUGUCCCUAAUCCUGAAUGUUGUCCCUGACCUGAAUGUUAUCCCUGGCAUCUAAUUCUGUGCCUGAUCCCUUAUGCUGUCCCUAAUCCCUGAAAAUGUCCCUAAUCCCUUAUCCCUAAAGAUGUCCAUGAUCUCUUAUGCUGUCCCUAAUCCCUAAUGCCGUGCCUAAUCCCUAAUGCUAUCCCUAAUUCCGUAUGUUGCCCCAAAUAAUAAUGUUGUCCAUAAUCCUAAUCCUUUAAACUGUCCCUAAUCCUUAAUUCUGUCCCUUAUCCCUUAUACUGUCCCUAAUCCCUUAAAAUGUCCCUAAUCCCUUGAACUGUCCCUAAUCCCUUUAACUGUCCCUAAUCCCUUAUACUCUCCCUAAUCCCUUAAACUGUCCCUAAUCCCUUAUACUAUCCCUAAUCCCUUAAACUGUCCCGAAUCCCUUUUGAUGUUGCUAAUCCCUAAUGCUGUCCCUAAUCCCUUAAACUGUCCCUAAUCCUUUAGACUGUCCCUAAUCCCUUAUGAUGUCGCUAAUCCCUAAUGCUGUCUCUAAUCCUUUAUGCUGUCCAUAAUCCUAAUUCCUAUUUUCAUCCCCAAUGUUUCCCUAAUCCUAAUGUGUACCUAAUCCUAAUGUCGUCUAUAAUCCUAAUGUUAUCCCUAAAUAAUCCCACUUUAAAAAAAACACACACACACACACACACACACACACACACACACACACACACACACACACACACACACACACACACACACACACACACACACAUUGUAUCAAACUAAAUCAAUGAAUGCACCUUUAGUUAACUCUUCUUGUUAACGCUUAAUGAUGACUGGUUUGUAGUGAGAGAUAAUGCUGUGAUUAUACUAUACUAUUAUACCAUACUAUAUUAAUGACUCAAUAGUAUGCUAUAUUGUUAUACUAUUACACUAUUGAGUCAUUGUAGCAGAUUAUUUUUUGAUUGAUUUCGUUGUAUUUGUAGUUCCUUCUAUUCAGGAUUAUGGUUCAGGUAUCUUGUUCAAAAAACUGGGAGUCAAACAUGCUACCCAUUACACUAUCCUGACCGACAAUCAUCAAUAUAUAUAUAUAUAUAUAUAUAUAUAUAUAUAGUCAGACAGCAGUUGAUUGAGUAUUUCAACAACACAAUAGGAAAGCAGGCACACGCAAUGCAUGCAUGUUAUCUACAUUGUUCUUUUUGAGUAACGUUUAAACCAUGUCCCAAACGUUGUUAUCAUGUAUAUUCUUUGUUCUAAUGUUGACGACAUACAAUAAACCAAGCACAGCUACAUUGAA